GAGCGGAAGUUCCCAGCAGGCAGUGCGCGGUGGAGGAAGAUGGCGGCGCUCAGGGCUUUGGGGAGACUGCGGGCACCUUCAGAGCUUCUGGCCGGGAGGUGGCUGCGGGCGAGCCAGUCGGUCAGAGGGAAGCAAUGGCAGCCGGACACGGAGUGGAUGGAGCCGUACAGCCGCGCCGUCCUCUACCCAACUACUGAGGCCGAGUUGAAGAUGCCGCCCUCCCCCUGGCAUGACAAGGACCCCCCGGCACAGAAGGACGUGUCCACCCUGACCAUCAACUUCGGGCCCCAGCACCCCGCGGCUCACGGCGUGCUGCGCCUGGUCAUGGAGCUGAGCGGCGAGUCGGUGAAGAAGUGCGACCCCCACAUAGGACUUCUGCACCGCGGCACCGAGAAGCUCAUCGAAUACAAGACCUACCUGCAGGCCUUGCCGUACUUCGACCGCCUGGACUACGUCUCCAUGAUGUGUAACGAGCAGUGCUACUCUCUGGCUGUAGAGAAGCUUCUGAACAUCGAGCCGCCCAUCAGAGCCAAGUGGAUCAGAGUCCUGUUCGGGGAAAUCACUCGUAUUAUGAAUCACGUCAUGGCGGUGGGCUGUCACGCCCUGGACGUCGGGGCCAUGACGCCAUUUUUCUGGCUGUUUGAAGAGCGAGAAAAGAUGUUCGAAUUCUACGAGCGAGUUUCCGGUGCGAGGAUGCACGCUGCUUACGUCCGCCCGGGGGGAGUACACCAGGACAUGCCGCUCGGUCUGAUGGACGACAUCUACGAGUUCAUAAAGAACUUCUCCAUCCGUCUGGAUGAGUUGGAGGAGAUGCUGACCAACAACAGAAUCUGGAAGAACAGGACGGUGGACAUCGGAGUCGUCACCGCAGAGGACGCACUGAACUACGGUUUUAGCGGCGUGAUGCUCCGAGGUUCCGGCAUCCAUUGGGAUCUGAGGAAGUCUCAGCCGUACGACGUUUACGACCAGGUGGAGUUUGACGUCCCCAUCGGCAGUAGAGGAGACUGUUAUGACAGGUACCUGUGCCGCGUGGAGGAGAUGCGACAGUCCCUGAGGAUUAUCCUUCAAUGCCUCAACAAGAUGCCAGAGGGAGAGAUCAAGGUGGAUGAUGCCAAAGUGUCUCCCCCAAAGAGAUCUGAGAUGAAGCGUUCGAUGGAGUCCUUGAUUCACCACUUCAAGCUGUACACAGAGGGGUACCAGGUCCCCCCAGGAGCCACGUACACGGCCAUUGAGGCCCCCAAGGGAGAGUUUGGCGUCUACCUCGUGUCCGAUGGAACGAGCCGCCCGUAUCGCUGUAAGAUCAAAGCCCCGGGAUUCGCCCAUUUGGCCGGUUUGGAUAAGAUGUCCCAGGGCCACAUGCUGGCCGAUGUCGUAGCGAUUAUCGGAACUCAGGAUAUUGUCUUUGGAGAGGUGGAUCGGUAAUCUGCUGCUUUGGCGUGAAAAGGAUUCUGGGCCGCGGUUCGAAACGGCCUCCAUGUUUUUCCUGUGGCUUCUCCACCACCAGACCUGGAGGAAAGACGUCUGUUUAUUUAAUCAUUGUGCUUGUAAAGCUUGUUCUGGAAAUAAAAUAAAAAAUUGGUUUCCUA